AUGGCGCAGCUCAUACCGGGCGAUGCCUCGAUCUUCGUCACGCGCCUGCUCAUUCUCGUCGUGUGGGGCGUGACGCCGUUCUGCUGGCUCGCACUCGUCUCGCGCGCACUCCGCCUCUAUCUCAACCGCUACACGACGUACUCGCUCGAUGCGGCUCUCUGGCGCGCCAUCGUUGCGCAUGCGCCGGCUGGCAUUACGGCGGUGCUGCAGAAGCUGCUGUCGCCAAAGUGGCGCUGGGCCUCCACGCCUUUCUACACAUACUGCGCCGCCGAAGCCGCAUUCUCGAUCUACCACUGGCAUCUUUCACGCGUCAUCCAACGACCUGGUCCGCGGCCGCUGUAUGGACGCCGCUUCCUCCGUGGCGUCUUCGCCCAGGCUCUCCAGGCUGGCCUCAAGCAUCCCACGGACGAGAAGCAGACGUACGCCUCGGCGGUGGUCUCCUCGAUCGCGCCCGCCACCAACGGCCACGGGCUCACACAGCGCGCUUCGAACGGCGACUCAGAAAUAGCGGCGGGACUACACGAACCUUCGGCGCCCAGCAGCGUGAGGCAGAGACUCGGUCGGCUGCGCGCAGCGAGCUUUGUGCCGCAGUUUGUGAGCGCGCCGGUGGCAGCCGACGACCCGCGUGCGAUCAAGUUCCAGCAGGACCAGGCGCGCUGGUUCUUUGGCGCGCCGUUCGAGCACAUUACGCGGCGCGAGGUGAUGCACUGGCUCGCAUGGUCGCUGUUUGCCUCGGAUCUCGAGUCGCUCGAAGCCGAGCGCGAUGCACACCGCGGGCUUGCGCCCGGCGCGGCGCUGGCGGCCGACGAGAAGGUGGUGGAGUCGGCGACGCCAUCGACGUUCAGCUCGCCCAUGCCGCCGAGCGGGGCUGCUUUUGGAGGCAUGCCUCCUGCGUGGGCGACGGGGUCGGCAGCAGGCAGCGUGGUGGAGCAGGAGGACGUGCGUGGGGUGAGGGCCAAAGAGGGCGAGUGGGAUCCGACGACGGGCGACCGUUUGCAGUUCCUGGAGUACUGCUUGGAGCUCCUAGAGACGAGGCAGGGUCGAAGUUUUCCGGAGCACGCGCCCGGGGAAGGCAGCCACGAUGGCAAGCAUGCGCGCAACGAUUCGGAGGGCGAGGUGCGCAGGACGCUGCUGCAGCCUGCCAAGCCGAGCGGCAAGCCCAAGACGCGGAUGAUGCGGCUGACGAUCGAUCCGGUGCGCACACGCAUGCGGCCACUCGCAUGCUAUCUGGUGACCAACACGCUGUCGUACCUCACCAUCCAGCGCGCGGUUCGUGGCGGCUUCGAGAUGUGCAAGCAGGGCCGGCUGCCGUACCUGUACCGCGCAGCUGUCUCGUCGCGCGCCGGUGCCGACUCUACACCGCUCAUCGUGCUGCACGGACUGGGCAUUGGUCUGGCGCAGUACGCUUCGCUCGUGUCGUUCUUUCUGCGCUCGGACACAUUUGCGCACCGACCGAUCGUGAUCCUGCUGCAGCCGAACAUCUCGCAGUCGAUUCUGUCGCGCGAGUUUCUGCGGCCGUUUGGACACCACGAGACGACCUCUGCGUUCCGGCAGAUUCUGGCGGCGCGCGGAUGGGGCGAGAUCGACGUGCUGUCGCACUCGUACGGCUCGCUGGUGCAUUCGUGGCUGAUCAAGUCGCUGGGGACGCAGGUGCGGCGCAGCUGCUUUGUGGAUCCGGUGUGCUUCCAGCUGUGGGUGCCGUACGUGUGCGCCAACUUUGUAUACAAGCGCGCGAGCACGCCCAUCGAGAUGCUCAUGCGCUACUUUGUGGCGCGCGAGCUCGGCACCGCCAACACGCUCUGCCGAUACUUUGACUGGAGCAGCAACAUUCUGUGGCCCAACGAGAUCGAGCGCCUCGCCGACGCCAAGUAUACGAGGUUCUACCUCGCCGAGGAGGAUGCGAUUCUCAACGCCAAGGAUACCUACGACUACCUCGUCGAAUCGGGCUGUCCGAGGGACAACAUUCACUAUGGCGAGCGCAGGGCGCAUGGCGAGAUGCUCAUGCACGGCGGCGACGACUUUGCCAACAUUGUACACUGGCUCUCGAUGCAGGUCUAG